AUGUGCGAGUCUUCCGGCUACUGGCCGCACUACCGAAGCUUGCGCAACCUUUCCCAGCCGGCUUCCUUGCAAGCGGAACUUGCCAAAGAUGUGAGCCGCUAUCUAGAUGCGCUUGCGGAGAGUGACAUUGAGUGCACCUUCCCUUGCAUACAAUUUUCCGAAAUGGUCGUUGACACGGCUUCACCCGUCGUACAACGAAUAAUGCAUGAAUUCACAAAUCGAGCGGACCGCCAUCGUCAGUUUGGCAAAGCAAAGGUGACUCUGUGCGACGACAUGGUCCGCUACCAUACUCGGGGCAUGUUGGAUUUAGUAUCCAAUGGGGACACGCCGGAAACGAUUGCUCCAAAAUGGUGGGCAUCUGGCAUGGUUCUGCCGUUGCACAAAUCGGUGGCAUACAUCCAGUUAUCUCAGAGACGGUGCCAAGUGGGCAUGGUUGCUGCAGAGGCCAUUGUGGCCAGGUUUUUGCAACAAAUGGGCGACAGGCUUGCACGUCAUGCUCCACAUCUUGAGGUUAGCAUUGAUUAUUUUCUUCACGCAACUGUCGUGCAACAGUGCCUUGUUGCAGCAUAUGCAUCCGCGCCCAUUCUUCCAGAUGCUGCAGAGGUUGGCAGCAGCAAUUGGCGUGGGAUAUACCGCCUGUUUUUGCAGGACCAACCCGCUUUUCCAGCAGGCCAAGUGUCGUGGAGGUACGCAUGGUCCAGCGAGAACGAAGAGCAGAUAUGGCUGCAAGAACGCCCAUGCCAUCUCGUUUGGGCACAGGCCCCAAGUCUCACGGCACUUGCACGGACGUUGGUGGCAGCCGCGUUUGUGGAGGCGAAGCGUGGAACCAUCAUGAUGACCAGGAGGCUGUUGCAAUCAGCUGCCGCUGAGUCCACAGGCCAUUCCCGUUGCCAUGUCGCUUCAACUGUGGCCCAACUCAUCAGCCUCUCAAUGAAGUUUUCAGACGGAGCUGACGAGGCCAAGUGCUGCUUGAAGAUUGCAAACUGUCUCCCAUGA